AAUUCGGGCGCUCUCGCUAGUUGAGGGUGGUGCGCGCGCGCCAGCCGACGGGGCUCGAGGCCGGCUGGAGUGUCUCCGCGCGCCAGUAGCGCGAUCAGCCCCGCACGGCUCACACGAUGGUCGCGCACAUGCACGCGCUCGCCGCCGCGCUCCUAUGUGCAUUGGCCGGUCAGCUGGGAGCUGGAGCCAGUCUCCAUUGUGCGAUGCGCAGAGAAAUCUCCCCGUGCACCUGCAGGAGAGAGGAAACCGGCACUGGCGCCAUUUUAGUGGUUUGCCAAAGAAUCACUGCCUAUGAAGAAAUUGCCCGAGCUCUCACUAAUAAGUUUAGUCCUGAGACGAAAAUCGGUCUGGAUAUCUCUUACUCGAAACUCCCGGACUUCGAAGAUCACAGCUUUCGCGAGCUCGGUCUUUCGAUCACAAGACUCAAACUUAAUUUCGACAACCUAAGCGAUCUGAAAGAAAGUGUAUUCACGAAGCUGGACCUUGUGGACUACUUCAGCCUCGCUGACAACUCCUUGCUGGAGAUGCCUCGACACGUGCUUCGACAUCUGCCUCACGUCAAGACCCUCGACAUGUGUAGGAACAAAAUCACAAAACUCACAGUGGAGGAUUUCAAGGACAUACAGGAAGUGGAGCAUUUACUAGUAGCUGAUAACCAAAUAGCAAAAAUUGAAAGAGACGCCGUUCCCAAAGCUCUGCGGCAUGUUCAUUUUGGUAUUAACAAAUUGAGUACUCUAAAUGGGGCCCUGCGAGAUUUGGAUGAUUUAGAAUGGAUUUUCAUUAACGCUAACAACUUAAAAACAAUUGAUAACGAACUGCCAAUUAAAGCCAAAAAGAUUACACUCAUUCAUGCAGCCCACAACGAGUUACAAAACUUGCCCCAAGAUAUCAAACAAAUGCCAUCGUUAGAAUCGCUCUAUUUCUAUGAUAAUAAUAUUAAAUCAUUAGAAAGAGCUCUGCAAAAAUCAAGAAGACUGAUGAGAGUCAGCCUUUCAUUUAAUAAAAUCGAAAGUCUAGCUGAGGAUGAAUUUGCUGAUGCAGAGAAAUUAUUAGAUUUGGAUAUAGCCUAUAACCACCUUAAAAAUCUGAAUGGUUCACUAAGAAGUCUAAAAUCUCUAAGAUAUUUAAAUCUUACACAUAAUUCCUUAACUGAAUUUUCGUUGCAAGAAAUUAAAGGCUUGAAAAGGUUAUCGGUAAUUGAUCUCUCACAUAAUAAAAUAAGUCACAUCACAGGGAAAAUGGAGAAUCUUGUACAUGUCGAGACCCGUGUUUUAGAAUUACGUCUAGAUCAUAAUCACCUGAUAAAUCUAGGUGGGGCUCUGAUGGGAUUACACGGUCUAUUAAGAUUAAAUUUGAGUAAUAAUCAAAUUCAACAAAUAUCACCCGAUGAUUUAAUAGGUCUAGAGGAUCUAAAACUCUUGGAUGUUUCAUACAAUCAUAUCACAUCUUUGGAAGAAACUUCAAAGACAUUUUUGCCAGCGCUAGAGGAACUGAUCGCACACCAUAACAACAUCACCAUCCUGGACAAAGAUUUCCAUGGAUUACCAGCGCUCUGUUUAGCUGAUUUAUCAUAUAACUACAUUCAAUCCAUGAACUAUGAUCUAGUGACAAAAUCCCGGUGUACCAUCAACGGCGUUCCUAGUAUUUUAAAGAUAUACCUUCAAGAUAACCCAGUACUGUGCAGCGAAGGCUUGUUUGACUUGGUGAAGGAACUAGAGAAUUUGAACGCUCGCGUAAGUGGGCAGUCGACUUGCGUGGCCACGCAGACGAACCCGCCAGUGCUGAACAUGCGGGCGCUGAACGACAUAGUGCCACAGCAGGAGCAGCCGCUCAUCGUGGUGGCGCAGGUGGGCGCCGGCCUGCAACCGCUGCCCGACGCCGCCGAGCUCGUGCCGCCGGACUCGCCGCUCGUGUACCGGCGCGUCGGCGCUAUCAUGGGACACUUACUGCCAGAGGACGGACUCCCCAUCCUCGUAGAUCCUCCCGUGACGCUACCCCCGGAGAACACCAACGUAGUCGUAAAAUGGCCUGACGAAAAAAUCAAAGAGCAAUCUCAUCCCCUCGCAGACCACCUGCGUUUGAGAGAUUUAAACGCAUCACCACAGUGAAAAAAUUUUCCCGUCGGACACGACGACAUCAUAGACUGAGUGCUUACCUUAGAAAAUAAACUGCCCAUUUAGACUAUAGGGCGGAGUGUCUUCGCAUUGGUUGGGUGCAUCAAUUUAUUUUUGCAUAUUCAACUUCUUAGUAGGUAUAUUUAUGCUCUGUAAAUAGGUAAGAGUCUCACCAACAAUGCCUGGAAUGCACCCUAGAAAUUUAGAAAUUUGUGCGAUGAAUACCUACCUAAAUAGAUAUUGCAAAUAAUUUUGCAAUGAACAAGUAUUGACUAAUGAAGUGAUUGUACGUGGCUUUUUCAAAAACGAUAGAGUGGUAGAGUUUGAAAUUAAGUUCGUUCGCUUAAAUAGUGUACACUCGAAUAAAAUUUCAAUUGUAACGCCUCAAAAAUCAUAAAUUCCAAUAUAAUGCUACCAAUAAAUAAUUAUUUUUGGAAGAAUACAUCUGACGUUUAGGCGACGCAUUGAGGGGCGCUUUAUGUAAGAUAGAGCUUACAAAAUUUGAGCGAAAGAACUUUAGAAAUAUACGUUAGUAAGCAAAUACUUUAAUUAACAAAAUGUGUGUAAAAACGAUAUUUUAAUUUAGGAGAUAGAUAUUAUAUUUUAUUAUGGUUUAAAUAAGAAAGGUUCAUCUCUGCAACUACAUGAAACAAUAUAUCGUUUAUUGAAAUGCAGAAAAUAUUAUUUUUAUAAGCUUUAAGACGAAUAAAAUGAUGCCAAAUCAAUUAUUUAUAUAUUAUAUUACUGGAGACGCCUAUAUUUUCUGGACUUUUAUUAUUAGUUUGCAUUGUAUAGUCAAUUUAUACCCGACGACCUAUACCUGUAGAGAUCGUUGUUUGUAGCUAUAGUUGACACUGUAAGUACACGUAACAAUGUAGUUGUUGUUUCUAAUAAAUAUUAUUUUAUGA